AUGGUCUCGGCGACGAUUUCUAUCUACCAUCCCAACUGGAGCGCCAACAGCUGGCAGCUCCUGCUGAUCUUCUAUGGAGCCUGCCUCGGCUCGUUCCUCAUCUGCACCUUUGCCAACCGCUACCUGCCCCAGGUCGAUAUUGCCUGCGCCACCUGGACCGCCGUUAUAAUCGUCGUGAUCCUAAUCGCAGUCUCAGUCCAAGCCGCCGCCAGCCGACACGAUGCCAGCUACGUGCUGGCACACUACGACAAGAGCUUCGCCGGCUGGGGCACCUUCAGCUUUUUCAUAGGCCUGCUCCCCGCCGCAUACACCUUCUCAGCCAUCGCCAUGUCCAUGGUCGAGGAAUGCGCCCACUCAGCCAUCAAAGUGCCGCGCGCCAUUGCACUGAGUGUGCCCGUCAACGGCACAGCGGGCCUAUUCUUCAUCAUCCCGCUCUGCGUCACUCUGCCAGCACAAGCAGACAUCAUCAACGCACCCAGCGGCCAAGCCCUCCCCUACAUCCUGCACUGGGUAAUGGGCAGCGCAGGCGACGGCCUGGGGCUGAUGUUCCUCGUGCGAGUGAUCACACUCUUCUGCUCCAUCAGUAUCACAGUCGCGGCAUUGCGCUCGACCUGGGCUGUAGCCCGCGACGGCGCCCUCCCGCUCGCCCGCUUCUGGACCCGCGUGCACCUGCGUCUCGGCCUCUCCGUCUGGUCGCUUGCCCUCCUCACCCUCAUCCAGAUGCUGCUGGGCCUCAUCAACCUGGGUAGCUCUAGCGCGUUCACGGCGUUUGUAUCUGUCGGGGUGAUUGCUCUGGCGGCUGCUUACGCUAUACCCAUCUCGCUGAGUCUUUGGCACUGUCGAGCUGAGGUCGCGCGUGCGCCCUGA